UCAGGCCAACGUAAAAGCGGCCGAACAAACGCUUGAGUUUGGAAUUGGCCAUAAUUUCGAGUUACGCAAUCACCCUUGGUACCAAGUUGUACAAGCUCGACUGCUCUUGAAAAAGGGCGCAGGGCCUGAGGCCAGCCGCUUGCUACGCCGCUGUUUGGAAGGACAAGGGGGUAAUGUUUCUAAUGGGAGCAAACCUUUCGGCAAACCCUUCGGAAUGAUUACAGGCACCCGUCUCACUUGCGGCUGGCCAAUGGCAACAGAGCAAAAUGUUGCUGAUAUCUUCUCUUUACACCUCGACUUAGCUGAAGCGCAUCGAAUUUCCGGAGAACAGACUACAUACAAAUUGAUUUGA